ACCACACUAAAAAAACAAGGCCCCUCCCCUUUCGCAUCAUCAACCACACUGCGAAUCCACAUUCUUCUCUGAUCUUAACUUUUGAAGUCUGAAACAACAAAAAUGUCUCUCAUUCCCACUUUCUUCGGUCGCCGACCCACCCCGUUCGACCCCUUCGCUCUCGAUGCCUGGGAUCCAUUCGAAACCUUCCCGUUCCCUCCCGUUCCCUUGCGCCGCCACCACCAGCAGCAGCAGUUAUUCCCUGCCGAAGCGUCGUCGUUUUUGCGCGCCAAUGUUGACUGGAAGGAGACACCUGCUGCUCACGUGUUCAAGGCGGAUGUGCCUGGCUUGAAGAAGGAAGAGGUGAAGGUUGAGAUCGAGGACGAUAGGGUGCUCCGAAUCAGCGGUGAGAGGAACCGCGAGAGCGAGGAGAGGAAUGACACGUGGCACCGCGUAGAGCGAAGUAGCGGCAGGUUCGAGAGAAGCUUCAGGCUCCCCGAGAAUGCCAUGGUUGAUCAGGUCAAGGCCGCCAUGGAAGACGGUGUUCUCACCGUCACCGUUCCCAAGGUUCAGAACAGGAAGAAGGCUGACGUCAGAUCCGUUCAGAUCUCCGGCUGAUGUGUAGUUAGAACCCUAGAAUUCUGUUGUCAAAUUGUGUUUUACUCGAAUGCUAUUGUCGAUUUGUGUAUAAGGAUGGAUUAUGCUUACUGUGCGAGUGAAUGUAAAACUUCCUUGUGCGUUUUGCCUUGUUAAUUUCUGUUUCUUAA